AUGGUGAAGUGGAGUGAUGGAGACUUCUGGUACGCUGGCCGUAUACUCGGCAUCAUUCUUGGUUUAUCCGUGCUACUGUUGUGCUGUUGUCUGCCGUGUGUGUGCUUGGCCGGCAUCUGGUUCCUCGGAUGGUUCGGCAUUCGUCAACGUCAACGUCAACGUCGUGCUGCCACCAACAGCCAAGCUUCGCCACCGUUGACGGGCAACGUUGUAUCUCAUCCUAUCCACUACCGAGAUUCACCUCCUUCGCCUCGCGCUCGCGAUUACUCGGGCAGCGGUGGAGGUGUCAUUUAUGCUGCCGAAGAUCGCUACUACUCCUCCUCGGCUGCUCCAGGCGAUCGUCGCCCUGAUUCUUAUAGAGCUUCCAAAUUCUAG